CCUCUCUCGGACGGCUCAAGUCACUGUCAAGUGCGGAAUCGCUCGAGAGAGCUUGUUCCUCGCUUGUUCAGGGAUAGCUCAGUUUGAUUAAGGCUUGAACUGUAAUUGAGGAGGACCAGCUGAGGCUACGGCCUAUGCCGUUUAGCAGCUCGUCUACAUAAAAGUUCGUCAUGCAUUGCGUCUAGCUAAUCUACUAAUCACCCAUGCCGUCGCUCGCUGAAGGAUGACCAUUGACGAGGCAAAUCUUUGGUGCUGACCAUGGCCUCAUGGCGGACGACCAGGUGAAUGUUAGGCCUAAGACUCCCUUCAAAGACAUUCAAAACGAGUUGAAUGUUGUGCCCCAGCUCAAGACAACCGGAGCAUUAGCCAAAUAUCUGAAGCGGCAUCUUGAGGUGGAGUCUUGGAUUGCAUACAGCCGUGCCCACGCACUGAAGCAGCUGAGGUCCAAGGCGGAUGCAGCGCACCCGUGCCUCCUUGUGGUCUUUAACAUGGCUGAGAUACAAGCCCGUGCAGAAACCGUGCAGUUGACACCCGCUGAAGCAUUGCAGGCCCUUGACGGGGCGUUCACUCACUAUGGGGCCCGCGUCGAAACCUUUGCGGGUACUCAGGAUCAAAAGGUCACGAAGGCCUGCUACUUCAAGAAAUUUAGAGAUUCCGAGACAUGGGCGUUCACACCAAGCCAGAACCGCCUGAUUGAGAUGGCGGGUGGGGCUGCGCCACCAGAGUUUGCCCCGGUCCCAAUCACUUCUGCCGACCUCCUUUUCAUCAAGGAUGGCAGCGUGGGCGACUGCGCCAAACUCCAUUUCUUUGUUAAGCGCUGAACAGCUCAGUCGGUGAUCACCUCCUCGUCGAUCAACUCUUUCCGGAUCUUGGAGAAAUGUAUUGCGGCAAAGUCCUCCACUCUCAGCGCGAUGUCAGAAAAUUUGGCGGCCGACGUAAACAUCUUCUACAAGCACUCGGAAUCAACAUUUCCAACUUGAUAUAUAUGCUAAUUGACUUCUCAUCUUAAAUAUAUACAACUAUAUCAGUGAUCUGC